UUUCGAAAUCCCCGGAACUGUCAUUAGAUCUUGUGAACACCUACAAAUACACAUGAAUCUCUCACACCACUUACAUUACUGGAAAAGUUUCAUAUCCUUUGAAUAAAAUUUACAAUGAAAAAGAUUUCACAGGCGCAUACCAUCGAUUCACAAAAUACAAAAGAAUUUCAAUAUAGUUUGUCUAUUAAUUCAUCAAAGUCUGAUUCAACUAUACCAUCAUUUCAAGAAUGUCUUUCGUCAGUUGAACAAUUAUCUGGACCUGUUUACCAAUUGAAUGAAAUAAUCCAGGAUCUGAUUGAUUAUAAGAAUGAUGCUGAAUUCGCCGCUUUAAAUGCACCAAAAUUAGCUGAACAACUUCAACCGAAUACUUCAUUGAAUGAUACACUUGCUGUGGUCUCGCAGAUUCAUAAACUUGCACGUUUUCAAGCUGCCCGUUGUGGAUUGGUUAAUUGUUCUCAGCUUGUUCGGGCAGUUAUUCACAUUCUAAAAACUACAAAAAAUGCUGAUCUACGUUCAGAAGCUGCACUCACUCUCCAGUUGUUGACGAAAGCUUUAUCUGGUGCAAAAUUAGCCUGUGAAGAGAUUGGUAUCUCAGAAUUAGUUGAAAUGUUAAGGCAUCCAUCUGAAGUGAUGUAUACAACCGCCUUGUAUGUAUUGAAUCAAUUAUUAUGGCAUUUACCUAAUUCUGCUCGACCAGAAUUUCGACAGUAUAAUGGACACUUGAAUUUAAUUUAUUUACUGGAGACAAACAGUUUAAAAGACUCGAAUUGGUUGCUCAUCUGUUUAGAUACUCUACGUAUGGCUGUAUAUGAAAGUAGUGAGACAAAGUUGUCAUUGACAUCAACAUCGAUUUAUGAAAUUAUUGUACGCCUGUUGAGAAUUUAUCCUAACAAUGCGAAAAUAGCUUAUAAUAUAGCUAGAUUGAUCAAGGUGUUAAGCGUGUGCAAUGAGAAUAAAAUCAAGUUGGUUGAAGCAGGUGCUGUAGAAGCGUUAACUCCACUGUUGAAUUGUACAAAUGAAGUACUACAAUUGGAAACACUUUGGGGAUUACGUAAUAUCAGUGAUCAAGCUUAUCAUUUAUUGGCGACAAAAAAUCUGAUACCAAUGUUAAUCACUUUACUGGCCAGUAAAAAUGAGCAUAUAUCGAUUUGUUCUACUGGUUGUCUGUGUAAUUUAACCUGUCAAAAUGUUCAGAAUAAAAGUUUACUUGUUGAAAAGGGUGGUGUAAAAGUCCUAUGUAGACUGUUAUGCUUAAAUCCUGAUCGUCAAGAAAUUGCUGAGCCAAUUUGUUCCGCUCUAAGACAUGUAACUCAUCGUAAUCCUCAUGCAAAUGCAGCAGUUUAUGAAAUACGUAUCAAUGAUACACUGUCAACUAUCGCUUCAUUAUUUGUCAAGUAUCAAUUCGUGUCAGCUCUGCCUUUAUUGAAAUCAGUUGUUGGUCUAGUCAGAAAUUUAUCCACCGAUGAAAUGACUCGUCAUGAAUUGAAAAAUUUAAAUGUACAUAGAAUGAUAGCGAAUAUUUUCUCACAAGCUUAUACAUCGUUGAAUGAAGUUGGGAAACAAGAUAGCGGUAUUAGUGAACGCAUCUCAUCAAACGGUUAUAUGGAAGGUGUCAAUCUUGAAGAUAUGCUUGAAUUAACUCUUGCUGCACUACACAUUAUGGCUAAAGAUUCAGGAGUACAAGAAGAAUUAAUUCAUACAGCUGGUUUAGUGUCAACUGUUGUACGCUUUAUUCUCCAUCAGUAUGUCUACAGCGUGCUUCAGCUGCUUUCCUUAGCCAAUUGUCAACUUCACGUUCUGGAUGUCAAGCAAUUGAAAAUGAAGGUGCUUGCCCUAAACUCACUGAACUUAUUCAAUCGAAUAAUGAAUAUAUUGCUGCAUAUACCGCUGCCAUCUUGCAUCGUAUCGCUCAAGACAAGCCUGAAGCGUAUAGACGUCGACUGUCGUUGGAAUUACGUCAAUCACUUUUUGACGGUGGACUUUUAAAUGAUUCCAAUGAAAUCGAACGAAGGAUAACAAAUUCUUCAAGUAUACCAGAUUUCCCUUCGCAUGUAGUAACAGAUCAACGAUCACGGAAUGCAUCAGGUUCUUAUUUAAGGCAACGUUCAGACAGGAGUUAAGAAGUGGUAUUGUAGUAGUGUGAUUUAUAUACGAAUCCCGAAAAAAUUUCACGCUGAUCCGUUUUCAAACUGUCAACCAGCAAACAUAUCAUUCUCUAAUAAUAUUGAUUGGAAAAUAUACAACGAUAAGUGCACUCACUGUAAACGCUGCUCAGUCCCCUAAUCCAGCUGGCUGAAACGAUGGCCAGAUACAUGGCUGCCUUCCAAUCUAUCUUUCUUUAUUUUAUAUUGUAUGAUUUCUUGAUUACAACUUUAUAAUAUCCUUGAUUUUUUUUAUUAAAUAAAAUUAAAAAAAUCACACGAUAGAACGAAUA